CACUUUGCAAUUUAGUUGACUGGUCAAAUUUAGCUGGUUCAAUACGUGUUUCUUUGUUAGAAUACCACACGCCAUGGAAUUUAACCGCAUCAUCGCAGUGCUUCUUGUUAUUGAUGUCUCCUUGUGGGCUGCCAUUUUCGCUUCCACAAUGAGAAAGUCUCCUCCUGCGACAGAUUUAAAAUCUCGUCUUGACCUGGUCCUUGAAGAAUUAAGGAGUCUCAAGAAUGAGUCUGAAGAUCUUGGGGUGAAAGUCAGGAAAUAUUACGAACUGGGAGGUUAUGGACCCUUGCGGAAAGAAAGCUUUAAAAAAUACGAGUUCUCAAGACGAGAAUUACACCGACUAGUUGAUGAAUUACGUCACAUCGGUAGAACUGCUGGAUCAGCCAUGAAUAAUGAAAUCACACUAAUUAUCAACUCGUUACUGAACCGCCUAGAUAUUUACGAGACUUAUCGCACUCGUGAAACAAACUUGUUAUCAAGGAAAAUCCAGCGACGCCUUGAAUUGUUGCAAAAUCCUAGAAAUUGCACCUCUGCAAGAAAACUUGUUUGUCACGUGAACAAAACUUGUGGAUUUGCAUGUCAAAUCCAUCACGUCGUGUACUGUCUCAUCACGGCUUACGCAACUGGGAGGACGCUUAUCCUACAGAGCGAGAACUGGUCUUACAAUCCCGACGGGUGGGAAACGACUUUUCUUCCGAUAAGUGAAACCUGCCGAGAUUACGAUGACGGAGAAGUUGCUGAGGGUUGGGAUGCAGUCGGUAACAUCAGCAAUAAUCAUGCCAAAGUCUUAAAACUACCCGUCAUCGACGUACUCCAAAACCCGCCAAACUUUCUCCCAACCACGAUACCACUUGACUUGGCGGAGACACUGGAACUUCUGCAGGACGAGCCCCUCAUUUGGUGGGUGGGGCAAUUUGUGAAAUACAUUCUUCAACCGCAGCCCAAAAUCAGGCAGAUAUUAGAUGGCGCUAGGAACAAGGCAAAAUUUGACAACAAGACACGCACUGUUGGAAUUCAUAUCAGGAGAACGGACAAGAUUGGUCAAGAAGCCGUAUUCUACCCGCUAGACAUGUACAUGAAACCGGCACGAGAAUAUUUUUCGAGUUUGGGUCAAAUAGAAGGAAAACGAGUAUUUUUAGCAACCGAUGAUCCCCGCGUGGUUAAAGAAGCUUGCCAAAAGUAUAAAUCCCCCGAGUGGGAGAUUCAUGCCGACUUAAAAGUUGCAGAAUCCGCCGCAAUUAGUAAAAGGCUUAACGGAAGUCUAAUCGGGAUUUUUCAAGAUUUGGAUUUAUUAUCCGACUGUGAAUUCAUAAUUUGCACGUUAUCCUCUCAAGUGUGUCGACUCGCCUACGAAUUAAUGCAGGCGAAACGCUCGGAUGCCUCUGGCCGGAUAAUCUCCCUUGAUUCCGAAUAUUAUUUCGGUGGAGGAAGCCAUCUCGUUAGACGAGCCGCAUAUGCAAAUGAUCCAGUGGGUUCGGUCAUUGAGCUAGAAUUCGAAGUUGGUGAUGAAAUCCUCGAAUUUAAAAGAUUAGAUGAACAUAUUGCAUUCGGGGUUAAUAAACGAACGGGAAAAAAUGGAACUUUCCCAUCUUAUAAAAUAAAAUCUUUGAGUCGGAGGGAAGAGUUUCCCACAAAAUGGGCUAAUACAUCAAUGGAAGAUGAUUGGAGUAAAUUUUUUCAAACAUAAAUGCCGCUUAAUCCUUGAUAUGUAUUAAUUAAUAUGAAUGACCAAAUACGUAUGACGUCAAGUUUGUUUCGUCCUGAAAUUAUUCAAAUAAAAUACAUUAAUAAUUAUUACAUAGAUAUUUUGAGCAAUUGAAUUUCCAGCACAUACAUUUCCGAGGUGAUAAAACCUAAGGACUGGACUUCAAACAAACGAAGGCACGGAGAUGACCAUUUACGAGAAAUGGACGAAAUUCUAUUUUUUAAAACUAGGUGGUAAUCGAAUUCAAAAAUAUGGAUUAACAUAAUGCAAUAAAUCAUGAUACAAAUCAAUUUGCUUUUUAAAUUUUUUUUAGCAUCCACUCUAAUAAAGCGUUAGUGUUAAGUCGCUGACUGAGUCCCUGUGGCUCUCAAUGCAAGUUGCCCCGUAGAGGAGACAGAGGAAAGCGGAGCAAAAACUGCAUGCAUGAAUUUUCUGCAUGAGUCUCACUUCGCCUGCACGUGACUUUCGCGUACGUACACUUGCCAUCAAACUCAAAUUAAAUGUUUUAAUAUAUAAACACAGUGUGCAAGUAAAUUGAGUGUGCA